UGUCAAGUGAAGGAGGGAUCCCAGGCGCCGCCGCCGCGCGGGGGUCGAGGAGAUUUCGAGCUGCGGCCGCCGCCAUCAGUAGCGCAGCUCUAGGGCCGGCUGUAGCGGCAGCGGCCCCGCCGGGCGUCCUGGCAGCAGCACAUGGAUUAAUUGAUGGACAUUGGGUUUAUGGAGCUACCUUUUUGUGACCCGCUCUUCCUACAGUUUCUAAGAAGAAAAAGGGGCCCCUGAAUCAAAGAAGAUGCCUCGGACUAAACAGAUUCAUCCCAGAAACCUAAGAGACAAAAUUGAAGAAGCACAAAAAGAACUCAAUGGGGCAGAAGUGUCAAAAAAAGAAAUCUUAGAGGCUGGUAUUAAAGGAACUUCAGAAUCACUUAAAGGUGUGAAACGAAAAAAGAUUGUAGCCGAGAAUCACCUGAAAAAAAUACCAAAAUCCCCACUGAGAAAUCCUCUUCAGGCAAAACACAAACAAAAUACAGAAGAGUCAUCUUUUGCCAUUCUUCAGAGUGCGGUGGAGUCCCACAAGAAGCAGAAUCACAGUCCUGUAAAAAAUGGGAAGCAGUUUACCAAACACAAUGGAGAAACCCCUGGGAUAAUUGCCGAGGCCUCUAAAUUGCAAGAGUCUGUCUCCCCGAAGAAGCCCUCGUUUCUGCAGCACCCAUCCGAGCCGCGCCGGUGGAGGUCGGAAGGCUCUGACCCCACCAAGUCCGGUGUCCCCGAGGGAAAAUGUGACUCCAGUUCUCUGUCCAGUAAAAGCAGGACUGACCACCAUGAAUGUAUCUCCUCUCACUGCAGCCCCCCGCCCUCCUCGUAUGCAAACACCGCGUUCGAUGUCUUACUGAAGGCCAUGGAGCCAGAACUGAGCACCUUGUCGCAAAAGGGCUCCUCUUGUGCGGUUAAGAGUGAAAAACUGAAACCAAAUAAAACUGUACGACCCCCUUCUCGCCUGAACAAUAGCCCGAUGGAUGCCCCCGAUCCGACCCCGCAAGAACCGGCCGCCCAAUCACAGCUGCCUCCUCGGACCUCAUACGCCGGGCACGUGUCUGCCGCUCAGAAGAACAACCAAGCGGCACUUCAGGCCGUUUCUCCUUCCUAUAAUCCACGCGAACACCCUGUUUCUAAACCUGGCCAACAAAAUCAGCAGCUACCAGCGUGUUCGGGUUUCGCCAGAUCACUCACGAGUCUGCAGAAUCAGGAGAACGCCCAACUUGAACACGUCUGUAACGCAGCAGUUACGUCCUCCGUAGGUGUGGCUUCACCCUCCAGUAGAACUCAGGUUUCUCCUCCAAACCAGCAAGUGGAUGCUGCCUUGCCGCUGUCAGUGAGCCCCGCCCUUUCCACGCGGUCACCCCCCACGCCAAUGUACAACUCAACUCCUGUCGCCUCUGUCGUUAGUCACAGCGUGGAACAAAUGUGCAAUCUUCUUCUGAAAGAUCAGAAGCCAAAAAAACAAGGAAAAUACAUCUGUGAGUAUUGCAAUCGAGCUUGUGCAAAGCCCAGUGUGCUUUUAAAGCACAUCCGCUCCCACACUGGAGAGCGACCCUAUCCCUGCGUGACCUGCGGGUUUUCAUUUAAAACUAAAAGUAACCUCUACAAGCACAAAAAAUCCCAUGCACAUACUAUCAAACUGGGUCUCGUCUUGCAGCCAGAUGCUGGCGGCUUGUUCAUGUCUCACGAGUCCCCCAAAGCACUUAGUAUCCAUUCAGAUGUGGAAGAUAGUGGGGAGAGUGAAGAGGAGGGCGCUGCUGACGACAGGCAGAACGACCCGGGCUCCAUGGACCUGCAGCCUGUGCAGAUAAUGAAAAUGGUAUCCAGCUCAGAAGCUUUACCAAAAUUGGGUUCCAUUCCAAGCAAUCCAGAUCCUGUGGUAGGUGACUUUUCACUACAGGACAGAUCUUCAGAACCACAGGCUGUGACAGAGUUACCAAAGGUUGUGGUCCACCCCAUCAGUGUGUCCCCUUUAAGAGCUGACAGCCCGAAGGUUACGGAUUCCAAGCCUGAACCUUCUAGUGCACAGAAGCAGAAAGACCUUCAGGUAACCGGUAGACUGUCCCACUCAGCCUGGGCGUCCUCCCUGGAGAUGGAUGAGAAGUCCCAUCAGAAGGGCGACGUGAGUCAGCCGGAGGGAAAACAAGAAUCUCACUUGGGAACGGUACAUGCCCAGCUACAAAGGCAGCAGGCCACCGAUGACUCCCAAGAGCAGCAAGGAAAACUCCUCCUGAGUCCUCGCAGUUUAGGAAGUACGGAUUCUGGUUACUUUUCACGUUCUGAAAGUGCCGACCAAGCAGUGAGUCCACCGACGCCCUUUGCCAGAACGUUCCCCGCCCCGGAGCAGGACUCUAACAAGAAUAAUGGGUCCUCUGCACCUCGUGUCAACACACCAGCAGCUUCGGCUCUUCCAGCAGGUGACAAAGCGUCACUCCUCCCAGGUCCGAUGCGCCCACCUUUGGCGACAAAAACGCUUGAGGAACGGAUAUCAAAGCUUAUCUCAGACAACGAAGCCUUGGUAGAUGACAAGCAACUGGAUAGUGUAAAGCCACGGAGAACCUCUCUCUCACGACGGGGAAGCAUCGAUUCCCCCAAAUCGUACAUAUUUAAGGAUUCUUUCCAGUUUGAUUUAAAACCAAUGGGACGGAGAACAAGUUCAAGCUCUGAUAUACCAAAGUCCCCUUUCACUCCCACAGAGAAAUCAAAGCAAGUGUUUCUUCUCUCUGUACCUUCCCUCGACUGUCUGCCCAUCACCAGAAGUAAUUCUAUGCCUACCACGGGGUACUCAGCAGUCCCUGCGAGCAUCAUCCCUCCCCCACACCCACUGAGAGGAAGUCAGUCCUUUGACGACAAAAUUGGUGCUUUCUAUGACGAUGUCUUUGUACCAGGGCCUAACACUUCUGUGCCCCAAAAUGGGCAUCCCCGCACUCUUGUCAGACAAGCAGCAGUAGAAGACUCUUCAGCAAAUGAAAAUCAUGUUCUCGGUGCCGGGCAGUCCUUGGACGAGAGCCAUCAUGGAGGCAGCCCCGCUGGUGAGACCGCAGCAGCAAGAAGCAAGCCCCCAGCCCCGGGUUCACACUUGGAAAAGAAGAAGACUCAUCAGGGGCGAGGGACCAUGUUUGAGUGUGAGACCUGUAGAAACAGGUACAGGAAACUGGAAAAUUUCGAAAAUCAUAAGAAAUUUUACUGUUCAGAGUUGCACGGACCAAAAACCAAGGUAGCUCUGAGGGACCCUGAGCACAGCCCAGUGCCCAGCGGUGCACAGCCUCCCAUUCUGCACUACAGGGUCGCCAGUGCCACCGGGGUCUGGGAGCAGACGCCCCAGAUACGAAAAAGGAGGAAAAUGAAAAGCGUCGGAGAUGACGACGAACUUCAGCAAAACGAAAGUGGAGCUUCUCCCCAGAGCUCCGAGGGCCUCCGGUUUCAGAGCGCUAUGGGCUCGGUUCCCAGUUUGUCUCAGCAGAACGCUGCCAUAACUGGUGACCAGCCGCCUAGAAAUAUCCAGCUGCAGACCUCCCCGAUUCAGCUCGUGGCCAGAGGCCCCGAGCAGCCCCCGGACCCGAAGCCGUCCCCCGUCAUCGUGGGAGAGCACAUGAACUCGGUUGCCCAGGACAGGACCGAGCCCAAGAGACACGGGGCCGGCAUCUCCGUCAUCCAGCACACGAACUCCCUGAGCAGACCCGGUGCGCUGGACAAGCUGGAGUCUCGUGAAGGCGCUUCCCCCGUUUCUUUCCAGGAGCUGAGAACAGGGAAGCCCGGGUCUCUGCACAUAAGAGGGAUUUCCCAAGAGGAAGGCCGCCUGCCCCAGAACACGUCUCAGCCCGCCGAGCCUGCACUGUCCGAUGCUCUGAGAGGGGACCUUCAGGAAAGUUCCAGAAAGAUCUCAGGUGAGCGACACGUGUUAGGACAGCCCUCAAGACUCGUUCGGCAGCACAACAUCCAAGUCCCAGAAAUCCUGGUCACAGAAGAGCCAGAUCAGGACCUGGAAGGCCAAGGCCACGAUCAGGAGAAGUCUGAGAAGUUCAGUUGGCCUCAACGGAGCGAAACCUUGUCCAAACUGCCAACAGAGAAACUGCCGCCCAAAAAGAAGAGGCUCCGUCUUGCCGCGAUCGAGCACUCCUCAACCGAGUCAAGCUUGGACUCCACUCUCUCCAGGAGUCUAAGCAGGGAGAGUAGUUUAUCUCACACUUCGAGUUUCUCUGCUUCCUUAGACGUAGAGGACGUUUCUAAGACUGAAGCCUCCCCCAAAAUCGAUUUUCCGAAUAAAGCGGAGUUUCUCAUGAUUCCACCUGGCUCUAACACCCUGAACGUUCCUGGGAGCCACCGGGAAAUGAGGCGCGCUGCAUCGGAACAGAUUCACUGCCUGCAAGUGUCGAUGGAGGUCUCUGAUUUCAGAAGUAAAUCAUUCGACUGUGGAAGCAUUACUCCACCUCAGCCAGCACUGCUUGCUGAAUUGCAGCCUCCGACAUCCCCUUCUGGCAUGGGGAUUGCCGGGCACGUGCCUCUCUUGGAAAGACGGAGAGGCCCACUGAUACGGCAGAUCUCUUUGAACAUCACUCCGGAGGGUCAUCUAUCUCCUGGGAACCCAUCCUCUUUCCAGACUAUCACUCGUCCUGGUGUGAACACAGUGCCAUUUCAGGGGCUUCAGCUCACUCAUGCACCUUCACCUGAGUUUCCUGCAAAUACUUUGCACUCCCAGACUCAGAUUAAGGAUCUGCGAGCAGAAACUCUGAGUUCCAGCUCUCCAAACAUCUUUCCUGUUCAACAGCUUCUUGGUAUCCAUUUGUUAAAUCAAAUCCACACGCCCCUUACCCUCCCAGACACACAGAUGUCUCCGCAGGUGUCUACACAGAGUGUCAAACCAGAUGCAAGCCCCGGUGGACAUGUAUCUUCUAAAAGUGAGGAUUGCUUUGCUCCCAAGUACCAACUUCAGUGUCAGGUGGUCCCUUCGACCCAGCCUUGCGCUUCUAACCCUGUACAUCCUCUGCCAAAGCAAGUUCUUUCAGACCCAGCUGGGGCCACCCAUCGUGCGACCUCGUUGACAUUACCAGCCAAGUUAGUAGAAGCCACGUCUAAUUCGUGUCCUCUGCCACCACUGAAGGUCGGGCCUCUCGGCAGUCAGGGGCCAAAGGUGCCAGCAUCCUUGGCGCUGCCCUUGCACCUGCAGAGUCGGGUCCCAGCGUACUGUUUCACCACGGCCACAGCUCUGCCGCAGAUCCUAGUGACCCAAGAUCUAUCCGGUCAGCCGAUUUGCCAGGCUAAUCACAGUAUGGUGCCAAUCAGCGAAGAACAAAAUUCUGUGCCAAAAUCGCAAUACGAUCACCGGAAUGCUUUGCCAAACCCAGAGGGAGAACUUGUCUGUGAGAAUGUUAUUUCAGAGAUGGGCCAAAAUUCGUCUCCAUCAGAAUCCUUGCCUGUAACUCAGAAAAUGUCUGUUGGUAGACUUUCCCCCCAGCAAGAAUCUUCAGCUUCAAGUAAAAGGAUGCUGUCCCCAGCAAAUAGUUUAGACAUUGCCAUGGAAAAGCACCAGAAGCGAGCCAAGGAUGAAAAUGGAGCUGUCUGUGCAACAGAUAGUAGACAGUUGGAAGCACUGAGUUCAAGAGCUCAUGAAGUUGGUAAGCAGAAGAAGCCUGUUCUGGUGAGGCAGGUUUGUACUAUGGAGCCCCUUGAAGCUGUGAUAUCGGAACAGGAUAUUUUUUCUCACCCUGAAGUUAGUAGUGAGGCUCUGCAUUUGACUGAUGUUUCACCAGCUGAUAAUUUGUCGUCAGGACACUCCAAGCCUGUGGUUAUAGAACCUAUAAAAGAAUUGCAGGAAUUUGAAAGCAUCCCGUCGGCCACAUCGCUGACUCUGACAGUUAGAAAUUUAGCUGUACCUGCAGAGAAAACUCAAAUUUCUCCUUCGGAACAUGUAGACAAUAACCAAGAAAGGAAGUCACCAGGGGUUAAAAAUCCAGGCGACAAAGCGAACAUCCAAGAGCAGAGUCAGUCCUCAGCCCCAACUCCUUCCGCCUGUAAGGCGGGUGACACACAGCAGCCGACCUUCCCCAGUCUGAAGACUGCAACCAGCUUCACGUGGUGUUACCUGUUGAGGCAGAAAGCCCUGCACCUGCCCCAGAACGACCAAAAGACUUCGGCCUACACCGAUUGGACCGUGAACGCCAGUAAUCCAAAUCCACUCAGCUUGCCUACCAAAGUGGCUCUCUCUCUCCUGAACUCAAAACAGAAGACUGGAAAAUCUCUAUAUUGUCAAGCAAUAACGACCCAUUUCAAGUCAGAUUUAUUGGUCUAUUCAAGCAGAUGGAAAAGCAGCUUAAGCAAGAGAGCAUUAGGUAAUCAAAAGUCCACAGUAGUUGAAUUCAGCAAUAAAGAUGCCUCUGAAAUUAACAGUGAGCAAGAUAAAGAAAAUUCCUUAAUCAAAAGUGAACCAAGAAGAAUUAAAAUAUUUGAUGGAGGAUAUAAAUCAAAUGAAGAGUAUGUAUAUGUCCGAGGCAGGGGAAGAGGAAAGUACAUUUGUGAAGAAUGCGGAAUCCGUUGUAAGAAACCUAGUAUGUUAAAGAAACACAUACGAACCCAUACAGAUGUCCGCCCCUACCACUGCACUUACUGUAACUUCUCCUUUAAGACUAAAGGAAAUCUGACAAAACACAUGAAGUCCAAGACACAUAGCAAGAAAUGUGUGGAUUUAGGCGUCUCAGUAGGUUUAAUAGAUGAACAAGAUACAGAAGAAUCAGAUGAAAAACAGAGAUUCAGUUACGAGCGGUCUGGAUAUGAUCUGGAAGAAUCCGAUGGCCCAGAUGAGGACGAGAACGAGAACGAAGACGAGGAUGAAGACAGCCAGGCCGAGUCGGUCCUGUCGGCGGCCCCCUCGGCCACGGCCAGCCCGCAGCGCCUUCCGGCUAGAAGCAGCCUCCAGGACUGUCGGAGUGCUGACGAGGACGUCAGGAUUCCUGAUUGCUUUUCUGGGGGACACACGGACCCGAUGGAUGUUCUCCCGAGAGCGUUGCCCACCAAGAUGACCGUGCUUAGCACAGUGCAGUCAGACUACGGCGGGAAGCCGGGGUCUCCAGUAAGGACCAGGCAGCGGGCUGCAGGGGAUGAAGGUGAGGCAGCCGCUUCUGGAGAAUCUGCCAGGUCACCCGAGGCUGCGCCCAGGUCCCCGUGUCACCAGAUGUCUGUGGACUACCCGGAAUCCGAAGAGAUCCUGGGAAGUUCUGUGGCAGGAAAGGCUGUUGCUUUAACACAGGGCCCAUCAUCCGUGAGCCUUCCUCCUCGGGGCAUUGAGCGCAGCCCUCAGCCGGGAGGGGCACCUCCUUGCACGACCUCGCCUCUGCCGGGCGCUCAGGAGCCAAAGCAGCAAGUCACUCUCCAUCCGCCUCCAGGCCUGCCUUCUCCCCAGACGCAUCUGUUCAGCCACCUUCCUCUGCAUUCCCAGCUGCAGUCAAGGACACCGUACCAUAUGCUUCCGGUCGGGGGGAUCCAGGCGGUCCCUGCCGGCCUCACAUACUCCACGUUCGUACCCAUCCAAGCUGGGCCAGUGCAACUCACGAUCCCCACUGUCAACGUCAUUCACAGAACUGUGGGCACCCCCGGGGACUUGACCGCCGAAGUGUCCGGCGCUACCAGCCCCUCCGGAGUGGCUGAAUUGAGCAGCGUGGUGCCCUGUAUUCCCAUCGGCCAAAUCCGCGUGCCGGGCCUGCAGAACCCGAGUCCGCCGGCCUUGCAGCCCCUGCCGGCACUGAGCAUGGAGACCGUCAACAUUUUAGGCCUGGCCAGCGCGAACCUUGGCCCGCAGGUGCGCCCGCCCGGGCUCGCUCUGAACGCCGCCGUGGGGCUGCAGGUGGUGACCGCCAACCCUUCCUCCCAGAGCGGCCCCGUCCCCCCGGCGCCCAUCCCGGGCCUCCAGAUCCUGAACAUCGCCUUGCCCACGCUGAUCCCCUCCGUCGGCCAGGUCACGUUGGACGCCCAGGGAGCCCCCGAGAGGCCCGCUCCACCAAACAGAGCCCGGGAGGCGCCGCCCAAGCAGCCCUCGGCCGCCGGUGCGCACCCGGGCGGCGGGAGCGCGUCGCCGCAGGGCUCGCCCCGAGUCCCGCGGGAAAAUGCACCGAAGGGUCUAGAUCCACCUGCCCCGGCCAGAGACUACGCCAGGCGGGACGGCUCCAGUCGCCCGGACGCGGGGACGGCCGCCUCCGGGAAUCACCCGAAGCCCCGGCACGAACCCCCUGCCGCUCCGGGCAAACCAGCAUCCGGGCCCCCGCCGUCCGGCCGGCAGCCUCGCCCCCUGGACCGGGAGGGACCCGCGGCCCGGCCCCCGGCCACGCCCCCGGCCCCGGCCCGGAGGCAGGCCGCGCAGUUCAGCGAUGUGAGCAGCGACGAGGACGAGGACAGGCUCGUGAUCGCAACCUAGGGGCGCUUUUAUUUGGGGGUUUGGGGUUUUGUUUGGGUUUUGGUUUUCUGGAAUUUUUUUCUUUUUUAUAGAACACAGGUUUCUUUGAAAACCCUCCUUUCCUUAAAGCACAUUUUUCUGACAUAAACUCAUGACUAAUCUUUGUGCAAUCAUGAACUUUUGACCAAUAAUCGUUGUUUUGUGUCAGCUCCAGCCAUUUUUGUACAUGUUGUAUAGACAAUUGUGCCUUUUAGGAGUUUUAUGUUGAGAGACUGUACAGAUUGUUGAAUAUCUAUAUACAUAAAAUAUAUAUUAUAUAUGUAUAUGAAAACCAGGUAGUUAUUUGUGUUUAGCAAAAAAACCUGUCAAAUA